CUCUUCCGGGUUUGUAGCCAGGCUGGUACAGGAACUCCAGAGGGAGGACAUGAAGAGAGUCACCCUGUUUGUUAAUGGCAGCCCCAGAAAUGGGAAGGUUGUGGCUGUUUAUGGAACACUGUCUGAUUUGCUUUCUGUCGCAAGCAAUAAGCUUGGAAUAAAAGCAACCAGUGUCUACAAUGGAAGAGGUGGACUUAUUGAUGACAUUGCCUUAAUUAGAGAUGAUGACGUUCUUUUUGUAUGUGAAGAUGAACCCUUCAUUGAUCCCCAGAAUGACAUCAACUCUCUAGAAACAUUAACAGGAUCUCAUUCAGACUGGAUAACACUCAAUGUAGGAGGACGGUACUUCACAACUACCCGGAGCACUUUGGUUAGUAAAGAACCUGAGAGCAUGCUGGCUCACAUGUUUAAAGAUAAAGACGCUUGGGGAAACAAGAGAGAUCACAGCGGAGCUUUUCUGAUUGACCGAAGUCCGGAGUACUUUGAACCGAUCUUAAACUAUUUGCGACAUGGACAACUAAUUGUGAACGAUGGCAUUAAUUUGUUAGGUAUCUUAGAGGAAGCGAGGUUCUUUGGAAUUGACUCACUAAUUGAACACCUUGAACUAGCAAUUAAGAAUUCCCAACCUGCAGAAGACCACUCCCCGAUUUCCCGAAAGGAGUUUGUCAGGUUCCUCCUUGCAACCUCAACCAAGUCUGAGCUACGCUGUCAG